UGAGGGAUCUGCCAUCAUACAUCCCGAUUUAGAAACAAGAUAGCUAUGAACGCCAACUUGUGCUGUUGAUAGCAUAUGCUCUCUAUUUUUCGUGGCAUAUCAGCUAAGGAAGUAUUUGGAUUUCAUAUUAUAACAAAUGCUCUGUGAUGCAGUAGUUAAGAGGCAUCUGUAAAAGAACAGAUUAAGGAACAUUCUUCAUUAACAUGCCUAUCCAAGCUCCACAAUGGACAGAAUUUUUAGUAUGCCCAGUGUGUACAAAAGAGUUCAACGAAGACCCUCGUCCACCUGUGAGUCUUGGAUGUGGACACACAAUCUGCAGGCUUUGUCUGUCUAAGCUUUCAAAACAGCAAUGUCCCUAUGACCAGACUGAAGUGAAGACACUGAUCAAAGACCUACCUGUGAAUUAUUCCCUGUUGCAAUUGCUGAUCCAAGGCUACAACUGUCCCAGUGUAGUAGAAAUUCAAGAUGAAGAUGUGAAGCUGAAUCAAGAUAACUUUGAUUAUGCAAGAACGUGCAUUGAGGAUCUGGCACUUUACCUUCUACCUCUAACUGCCCUUGUGAUUAAUCCAGCAAAUGGAAGUGGUAAGAAUGGGAUGAUCAACAGCAAUAUUGGAAACUCUGGAAAUGGCACAUUGACCAAGCCCAUGCAACGAAAAAUGGUUACUCUUGUAAGCUGCCAGCUUGUUGAAGAGGAGGGAAGAUGCAGGGCAAUGAGAUCUGCUAGAAGUCUAGGGGAGCGUGCAGUAAAAGAGUUGAUCUUGUUGCAUCAGAACCCACAGCACCUUUCUGCUAAUUUGUGGGCAUCUGUCAGAAACCGUGGUUGCCAGUUUCUUGGGCCAGCAAUGCAAGAGGAAGUCCUGAAGUUGAUUCUUCUUGCUUUGGAAGAUGGAAAUUCAUUGUCACGUAAAGUGCUUGUAUUGUUUGUGGUGCAAAGACUGGAACCUAAGUUCAGCCAAGCUUCAAAAACAAGCAUUGGUCAUGUGGUGCAGUUGCUGUACAGAGCAUCUUGUUUUAAGGUGACAAAAAGGGAAGGCGAUUCAUCUCUUCUGCAGCUGCAUGAAAAGUUCCGAACGUACACUGCAUUGAGAAAGGAACACGAUGCGCAAAUCGUGCAAAUUGCUAUGGAGGCUGGGCUCCACAUUUCUCCUGAGCAGUGGUCAGCAUUGUUGUAUGGCGACGAUGAGCACAAGUCUCAUAUGCAGUCCAUCAUCGACAAGCUCCAAACUCCAGCAUCAUUCGGCUCCAGUAUUCAAGAGCUCAUAAUAGCAUUGCAGCGGACCCAGGACCCGGCGGAUCUUCAGCGACUGCGUGUGCACCUUGAACGCCUUGCUACAAUUGAUCCAAGCUCCGAGGGACCGCCGCCUUCAUGGGAAGAACUCAAAGAUGUCAUGUCAUCACUAAAAGUUGUAGUCGAAGGAUUGGUUGACUUUGUACAGAACCACAGUGGCAAGCUUAAAGGCUCGAUGGAAUCCCAGCAGACUCCAAACAGCAAGUACAAGACAAGCAUGUGCAGAGACAUCCAGCAACGAAACAGCUGCCCCAGAGGUCCUCAGUGCAGUUUUGCUCACUCUCCUGAUGAACUUGAAAGAUUUAGGAAGAAGCGAAAUGCAAGUCACCAACUAAUUGCAAUUGGCUUGAACCGAAGUGGCUCUUCUAUCUCGCCUGAAACUGUCAAUUCCCCAAACAGCCUUGAAAAUAGCAUAAACAGCAGUCGUGACUCCCCAGACGAAAUCGUCAGGAAUGGAUCCCUUCAUUCAGGCUCAGACCUGAUGCAAGGAACAUACUACAGAAGUAACGGUGGCGGCUACGUUGGUAGUACUACCCCAGUUGUCAAUGGCACGCAUGUGCAGAAUGGUGCGCAUGUUGCAAACGGUAGUCAAAUGACAAAUGGCACAAAUAUGGCCAAUGGUUCACCGAUGAUGAAUGGCCAUCAGGUAGUGAAUGGUAACCAAAUAAGUAAUGGCUCUCAUUUGGCAAAUGGAACAAAUGGCUCACGUGUCACCAAUGGGACUCAUAUUGCUAAUGGAGGUCCAUUGAAGAACGGUGCACAUAUGGUCAGCCCUGCUGGAAUUUCGAAUGGCUAUCAAAGAAUAAACUAUCAAAGGCCACCAGUUAUUCAGACAGAUGGUUCAAUGAAUGCUGUCCCUGUCACUUAUCUGCAGUCACCAGUUCCACAAGUGCCAGCUAGGAGCAUAUACGUGAGCAAUGGGGAGCAAAGGCUCGAUCUUUACCCAUAUCCACACAACCAAGCUACAUAUAUCCAGCCUGGAGUGCCUUUCUUUCAAAACGACACACCACUUCUUCAGUUGUCCCGUACAUACCAGCCGUACAUGCAGCCACAGUUUAUUCCAUACUGUGCUACAGUUGCUGAUAGAGGUACCAAGGAGAAAGACAGAGAUGAAACGGAAUUGGAGAGAAACCUGGAGUUCAAGAAAAGCUGUGUCAGCAGAAGUAUCCUUUCUGACAGCAUGUGUGAUGAGCUGAAGCUUGACUCUGGCCUAACAUCUAGAACAUCAAGUUCCUUAUUUAGCGGCAAAGGUGAUUCUAUUUGGAGGGAUGCUAACGAGAAAGCAAGAGGACCAGGUUCUGGUAGUGGUCUUGAUACCUCCUCAGAAUAUUCUUCGGAGACAUUUUCACCUUUGUCUACCGACUCGAGUGGCUCGCCCCAGCCCUCACAGACAUAUGCCAAUCCAUGGAAGAAGUUUGAAGCUAAUCACCCUGCCUUGAAUGAUAGUCAUGAGUUUUCCCCUCAACCCUCGAUGCGCAAGCAAAAUAGCUUCAGCAGCUCGAGGAUUUGGUCCCAGAGCAGCGAUGACGAUACUCCACUGAGCUAUCUGACGCAAAACAUGAAACUACAGCAGUAUAACACAGAUUGGGACAGGAGACACCAAAGCCCCAUAUACAAGGGUUUGAUGCUUCAUGAAGACGAGGACAAAGGCUUAACACUCAAUCAUUCUGCAGAUACGCAGUCAAGCUUUGAAGAGGCGUCAAGUGAGGACCUCUAUUCUGGAAGGUAUGAAUGGUCUAACAGAGUUAAUGCACCCCCUGGAUUACAACCGCAACAGAAGCAUCAACCUCAGCCUCAACAAGCUCCCAUUGGUACAAAGUCUUCUGGUGCAUCUGGAAAGGCACGUCCCUAUUGGGACUUCUCUAGGCAAGGUGGGCUUUGGCCUUAAUUUACUGACUGUUUGUGCACAACUGGAGCCAUUUUUGACAGCUUGCCGUGAUUAAAAAGGUAGUGGUCUAUUUUGAAUGGCCUUUUGCAAGUUUAUCGUCGAUAGAUGCAGGAUCUGGCAGGUCCUUGAUUAGAAAUUUUGUUUUUAUUGUUUUGUUGAGAAAAUCAGUAAACAGUGUUUUCAGUAGGAGCUUGUAAUCUAGGGGUCAGUAGUUAUGGCUGUUUGACUUAUUUUGCGUUAGCAAGCUGUGAUCCCACAGCAACAAUCUGCAGCAAGUUUGGCACAAGAUGGUUUCUUUAACUCCCAAUGUCUCCUUGAUGAAAUUUUGUUCGGCCAGAAAUUGACGCAGCCAAUGACAUCUGGAUCGCCGAUGAUGCAGAGAAACGCGCAGUUUAACUCCGUUCAUCCAGUUUCAAGCAACCAACAAUCAAUUUAAUAAUGCAAGUGAUCUACUACAGCAUGCUCCUUUUUAAUCAGUGUCCACUUCCUCUGUAGUCUCGCACAGCGAGAAAGGCAUACUUCAUCUCAUGAUGUAAUAACGACGAAUAAACACAAGGAUUUAAAGUAGAAAUUAUCCAACCAUAGUUCGUUUGGUUUAUAACAACCGGCUUUUCAAAUUAUUGUGUUAGUUAAAAAUAAAUUCAUUUUGUUAGCAAAAUCUUUACUCCUAAUCAAUACUGUUAUCGGUUCACUUACAAAUUAGAUCUGCCAAAUAUUCGUAGAUGCUCCCGUUCUGAGGAUUACUUACUUGUUCUGUUCAAUAUCCUGUAUUGUUCAUGAAAGUGGAGCAAUUCUUUUUUUAAAUCACAAAACCUUUUCUUUGCAAAACAAAUCUCCCUGCCUGAUUCACCAACUCUUCUCGUCAAUUUUCUUUGGCGAUAAUGUCUUUCGGACUUAUCCACUUUAUUUAUUUGCAAGUAGCAAAACACAUUCGAUAUUCCUUCUUUUUUCAUAUAGCUGUCGAUAUUAGAACAGGACAAGUUCCCAAGUAUCCAUAUAAUGCAAGGCAGUCCCUAAACUCUGCUGUCUGGCUUAUCCAGACUAAAAAUAAUCCAUUAUUUUCCCUGAAAAGCAUAAUCUUAAUCGUGAUUGCGUGACUUAAAUGAAUUCGUCUAUAAUAAGAAUAAUGAACAUAAACAUCAUCGUUAAAAUGGUAUAUUUUUAUAUAAACAAAUGCGUUAUAUUCUGAUGUCAAUGACCAAGUAGUUCUGUCAGAAUUGCAUUUUAUGCUUUUAAUACCAACAGACCAUCGUUAUGUAUGACAGGAAAUGGCACCUUGCCAAACAAACACGUCCGUCGUCAGUAACCAUAACUGUUGUUAAUGUUGUAAAAACAAACAAGUCAAAAAUUAGAAUCAUUAAAAUAGCACCGAUAAUUUGAUUGGAAAGAGCAAUCUAAUAGUUUGUUGUGAAAUGUUGGUCAGAUUUCCAUUUGAUUAGCUAGCGAAAGGGAGAAAGCUGCAAAGUGGCCUCAAUAGCUAAGCUAUCUGUCAUCUAUCUAGCUUGAUGCUCCUACUUUCUUCUCAGAAUCCGAACUUUUCUCUCAGAAUCCGAACUUUUCUUCUCAGAAUCCGAACUUUUCUCUCAGAAUCCGAACUUUUUUCUAAGAUAACUUGGUAUUACCAUUAAAUUGUGCAUAACCCUUGGUCUCGUGUUGCACCUAAAAUCUCUCUAAGAAGACACUCCUCUACGCCAACCCCCCUCCCUCCUUUCUAUGAUUGCUGUUUUCAAUCAUAAACAAACUACAGAAGUAAACAAUAAACAGCUUGAGAAAAGCCCACUAUCUGUAAUUUGUAUGUGUAGAGAGAUGAAAGUAAAAAGUUUUAUAUAGGUUAAAAGUACGUUAAAAUAGCAUUGUUUAAUUUUAAAUAUCGGCAUACUGGUUAUUGAUCAAAACUAGUCCCUGCACGCGCCUAAGCUUGGUUAAAAGGAUGACAAAGUUGAGUUGAUUCAAUGUGCGGAGGCUUUUCCAUAGCAGAUUUUACAAAGGAACCAUUGUCAGGACUUGCACCAACAAAUGCUAGAGAACAUAAUCGAGCCCUGACAAUUUUUUUAAAAUGAAUAUGAAAACUUGCUUGCAUGUUUGCUGCUGUGAAUCAUCAUAAAAGCAAAAGCAGAAAAGAUUUUUGUAGAUCUAUGGUAGUUGCAGGUUUAGUUAUUUGUAUUCUAAAUCAGAUUUCUCCAUUUGAAGUUGCACUAAGAAACAGGCUAGCUACCUGUUACCAUUUCACAUUGGUCAUAGAUAGAGAAAGAGAGAGAGAGAGGUCUCUUUUCUUAGAUCUUAACGAUUAUGGACUGCUAAAGUACGUAGUUUGAGGUGGGUUGCUAGAUAUUCAGCCGUUUUCAUCAUUAGGAUGUUGAUAUCUUAAUUUUUUAUUUCAAUUGAACUAGAGGCAUUUUUGGCAAUUUUCAACUGCAAAGAAACAACCAACCUUAGCUCUGCGAGAACAUGGUUGGAAAAUCUUUAGUUUUUUCAAUGUUUACGUGAAAGAGUUUUUUCACUAAAAUAGCUUUGCAGAAAUCCUCCAGUCAUUAUUUUCAAUGUUCAUCUGCAUUUAGUAGAUAUGAAAAAGGUUCUUUCCACUUUGUUUCUCGCACCCUCUACUCUCGUUUGUCUGUAAAGUAUCCAAACAAGAGCAAGUGCGAAUUUCUUUUCAAAUGAUUUUCUUGCAUUGAAAAUGCCAAAAAUACCUCGUGCGGGGAUGAUGCGAAUUUGUUCCUUAUAUUUCUACUAGCGCAUUUCUACGAAAGACAUUUUGUUAAUUUUUGAGUUUUGAUGUUUUGUUAGAAUACUAUUUAUCGUGUAAAAUUUUAGUUUAAAUUAGUGAAACUUUUUAUUAGUGGAAAUGGAUUUUUUAACAUUGUUUUAUUGUGCUGUUUUGUCUUUAUGUUCGUCUGGUUGUUUUGUUUGGUUGGUAUCGCGUUGUGCCAUGUCAGUUCUAGGAAUUCAGAAUCACUUUCCUUGAAAUAAAUUGGGAAGCAUUUAUCUGUGGAUCACGGGGCAUUGCUGUCUUUGUUGUCCGCCAGUCUUACAUGUAGCGAUAAAAAGCUGCUAUUUUAGGUGUCAAAUUAUUUGUACUUCUUGUUGGUCUUUCUGGGGGAUGUUUUGCUCCACUUGUAUUUUAAAUCGUAGUCGUAUCUCAAGUUCACUGUCACUGUCAGAUGUUCACUGUCCCCUGUGGAGUCAAUUGCAAAAAAUGAAAAAAUAUUUUGUCACUUUCAGAAAGAGUCCCCUUUUCAUUAUUAAUUAACACAAAGUUGAUUAAUUGUUUUAAUGUCUCCUUUUCUAUCCCUGUGGUUGCAUUUUUUUCUGGCAUUUGGUUUCAAGUUCAGUAGACUAAGAACCUUUUUAUUAGUCAAAAUCCAGUUGACUGUUGGCACCGAACCUUGCUUCUUCCUUUCUAAGAGAGAAUGCACGCCCUUGGGCUUGUAUUGCCCUUCCAGCAAAGGGCUGUCACAUAAUUUCGUGCAUGUUACAUUUUACCACAGUUACGAUCACCAACAUGAAACUGUACAGGCUUUUGCCGCCCUCAGGUUUCCCAUAGCUUCCAAGUGCUUAAUGUGAUGUCACUCAAUAGCGUGUAACAACAAAAUGAGGCAGCUUUUUAUACUCGACAAGUAAACAACAUCAUUUUAUGAUUCAAUGAUUGUACAUUACAAUAAUGAUUGCUAGUAAAUACGGAAGACUUCAAUCGCUACCGGUUGUUACCAUCACUAAUUUGUUAGUUGCUUUAUAUAUAAGUAUAGAAAUAUAUAUAUCCCGUUUUAUUUUUAUAAAGGUAUACACAGUUGUAUAACACUCAAGCAGUUAGGUUGGCUAGCCAGCGCAAAUUGUGUUCGCCGCGAAUUUUUACCAACGUUUAUUCUGUAUGGUCUUAGAUGCAUACCCAUGCGCGCCAAAUCCCCGCUUUUUGUUCAAUUAAUGAUUGUUUGAUCUUCUUGAUCAUUGUAUGAAUAUAGUGCUUGAUAUUUGAAUAUUAAUUGUUUUCCACAUUGUUACUGAUGGCUUUAUCAUGUUAGUGUGGGUGCCUAGUUAAGGAGCGGCGAGACGUAGCCAUGGCAAGGCCCCCUUAUCGACCCUUGACUUCAUCUCUCAUUACUCCCAUAACGGUAUGGCCAUUUUUUAUGGCCCCCCCAAAGGUUGUUUAUAUUAACCCCUUGCUUUUCUAUUGUUUCGAACAUCGAAUAGUGUUUUCAAUAGAGAUUUGCCAAUCUAUGAUUACCUCGUGCUUGUUGAUCACCACUCCCUCCCCUCCCCCCGUCUCAAAGCAUUCAGUCUGCAUAACAUGGCGGUUCCCGACAAGAUCUCUUUUAUGCAAGAGCAGAUGAAAAUAUGCUUAUGUAUCCAGAAAUAGUAUGCAACCUAUUAUGUACACAUGCCACACUGUGCAGACUGGCUUGCACCAUACUUUCAGCCCCACCCUUUAACAACACCGCCCUACCCCUUCAUUUCCCUGGGAGAUGGAGUGCCUUGUUUCCAAGCUUCUACCCAGAUGCCUGUAUAUCAAUAUAUCGCCUAUGUAUUGGCGACAUUCAAUGAAAAUCAACGGAACCCUUUUGCCGCCGCCCGUUACCAACCCGCGUUGCCAAUUUUGGUUUGCAUAUUGCUCUCCGCUCUGUCGCCAUGCUAACGCCGAAUAAAUAACAUCUAACGAUGAGUAUUUUUACACUAUUAUCGAUUGCUAUUACGCAAUUAUUACUUUUCUAGUUAGACUGACUACAUUAUGUGUACCAGUAGAGCAUUCGUUGUUUAACAAUGUGUGUUUUGUUG